GCGAACGACACAACAUACAUGACCUUGUUUACGCGAGAGUAGCGAGUGAAUAACGGGCGUCGUCGUGCGCGAGGUGUGUACGCGAAUAACAGUACGUGCGUGCGAUAGAGCUUUGUCAUAACAUCAGUACGAGACGGUGUGCCUCGGAGAUGAGAAGCGAGGUUAAGCGCGCUCCAUCCCUCGCGUCACGCAAUUAAUCUUAGACGGAUUAUUGCCGCGCAUCUUACGCGUCUCCUUUCGCGAUAUCGUUGCUCAUCCCAUUCGAUCGUGGAACGUGAUACAAUUACGAAUCCAGAUUCAUCAAAAAUGUUACAAUUGAACAACAGCAACCUGCGUGGUCCAGAAUGCAGCGAACUUUUCACUUACGUCGACCGGCCGGUGGAUACUUGCGAAGGAAGUAGCGAGAGCUUCAACUUGUCCCUUAAGCGACCACCAAUUGCUGCUUAGAGCGCUAUCGACCCCCUGCGAACUGACAGUUAUCGCGAUCGACGUCGACUGUUUGUCCUAUUAUCGUGUUAUUUUGCGUAUACGCACGAGCCUCCUUGCGUUAUCGCACGAACCCCCUGCAGUGGGAACCUUCCGUCGCUUCGCCGAGAGAACUUCGAAGACUUUUGGUGACAUGCGGUAGAACACCAUCGUCAGAUCAGCCUACGAAUCCCACGAAGCAACAGCGACCAGCAAUGUUCUCCUUGAGGAACGUCGUCUCCCUGAUUUCGCAGAAGUUCGCGAGAAAGCUGCAUCUGUCGAAAAUCCGGCAAGAAGCUGUGAUUAUAGAUGGGACAAAAAUAGCAGAAGAGAUUCAAGAGGAAUUAAAGGUGGUUGUAGAAACUUGUACAAAUGCAGGAAAGAAGAGGCCAAAGCUGGUGGCGAUAUUAGUAGGGAACCAUCCAUCCAGUAAGGCAUAUGUUGGUAGGAAAAUGAAAGCAGCAAAGUCAAUAGGAAUCGAGAGUUACACUAUUCAUUUGGGAGAGAAUAUAACGCAAGCGGAGCUUCUGAACGAAAUCGACAAUCUCAACAGAGAUCCAUCGGUCGAUGGUGUACUGGUACAAUUACCACUGCCAAAGAGCAUGAAUGAGAGAGAAGUAUGUCAAGCGAUAGUUCCUAAAAAAGACGUAGACGGUUUCCACUUGGAAAACCUUGGUAAUCUGACAUUGGACAAUAGCAGUAUUGUACCAGCCACAGCUUUAGCUGUUCAGGAAUUGGUCCUUAGAAGCAAAAUCGAGACCUUUGGGAAGAACGCCGUGGUUGUGGGUAGAUCGAAACAUGUAGGACUGCCUAUCGCGUUGUUACUUCAUGCUGAUGGCAAAGGCGAAACGGGCGCACUGGACAUGACAACGACAAUCUGCCAUCGUCACACUCCUCACACGGAGUUGGAAAAGUACACGAAGCUGGCGGAUCUUGUAGUAGUGGCGGCCGGGGUUCCUGGCUUGAUUACCAAGGAAAUGAUAAAGCCAGGCGCUUGCGUCAUCGACGUUGGUAUCACCAGAGUGAAGACAGCGGACGGCAAGUAUCGUUUGGUGGGAGACGUGGAUUACGACAAUGUGAAAGAGGUCGCAGGGCAUAUCACGCCGGUUCCCGGUGGCGUUGGCCCUAUGACGGUGGCGAUGCUGAUGAAAAAUACGGUCACGGCCGCUAUGAGGAAUCAAGCACACACGAAGCAAUCCGAUCACUUAGAAGAAGAUAGCAAGGCAUUUGUGUACUGACACAUAAAAAAUACUUUAGGAUCUCCGUUUGAUAAUCAAUAGAUAUAUUAUAUUUUGUAAUAUACAAAUGAAGUAUUAUUCUUGCGAAAAUAAUUAUAAAUAAAGUUUAUUUGUUAAUUUAAAUAAUAUGUUUAUCAGAGGUAUAUUGAUAUAUAUAUCCAUGUUAAAAAAAAAA